AAAGUCCAUGAGAAAACGUUUGUAUCCAACCAAACCGGAAAUGUAUUUAUUAAUUUUUCAAGCAAUCGGAAGAUUUAAAAACCGAAAUCAUUACGCUCCGGAGUCCGGACUUCAGACCGGAAACGGUAACGACCAAUAACGGAAACCUUCUCUCUCUCUAUCUCUCUCUAGCUCUCUCCGAUUGUGGAUUCCUUCUCUUACAGAUCACUCCCACGAACCCUAGAUUUUCUUCUAGGGUUUCUCCUCUCCUUCCCUGAACUGCAAAACGAUGCCUUCAUCCCCCAAGUUCUUCCACGCACGCCAACCUCCCUCCACUCUCAGAACAACAGUUCUGAUCGUCGCCUUCUCCCUGGUCUUCGGACUCUCCGGGUUCAUCUUCGGAAUCGUCUCGGUUCUCCACCCUAGUCAGUACAGGUGCCUGACCGGCAACGCCAGAUCGGUGAAGGUGGUUUGGGAGAAAAGUGGCGGCGGCGGCGGCGGCAGCAGCACUCAAAACGGUCUCGUUUCUGGUGUUGGAGAUGGAAAUGACGAGAACAAGAGGCAUAAAGUCAUGGGCUUUGUGGGGAUACAGACCGGGUUUCGAUCCACUGGUCGUAGACAGUCCUUGAGGAAGACUUGGAUGCCGUCCAAUACACAGGGGCUUCAACGCUUGGAAGAAGCCACUGGUUUGGCUUUCAGGUUUGUGAUUGGUAAAACCAAGGAUAAAGCAAAGAUGGCAGAACUCUCUAAAGAGGUGGCCAAAUAUGAUGAUUUCGUGCUAUUGGAUAUUGAAGAGGAGUACAGCAAGCUCCCCUACAAAACGUUGGCUUUCUUCAAAGCUGCCUAUGCACUUUAUGAUGCUGACUUCUAUGUUAAAGCUGAUGACGACAUAUACUUAAGGCCAGAUCGCCUUUCACUGCUUUUGGCAAAAGAGCGUUCUCACUCUCAGACUUACCUUGGGUGCAUGAAAAAGGGCCCAGUCUUCACUGACCCGAAUCUUAAGUGGUAUGAGCCACUUUCCUAUUUGCUUGGAAGCGAGUACUUUCUCCAUGCCUAUGGUCCAAUAUAUGCUCUUUCUGCAGAUGUUGUUGCAAGUUUGGUUGCUCUUAGAAACAAUAGUUUUCGAAUGUUUAGCAAUGAGGAUGUCACAAUUGGUGCAUGGAUGCUUGCAAUGAAUGUCAACCAAGAGAACAAUAAAGCAUUGUGCUCACCGCGGUGUACAUCAUCAUCUAUUGCAGUGUGGGAUAUUCCGAAGUGCUCUGGGCUGUGCAACCCAGAAACCAAAUUGCUAGAACUCCACCAGCAGGAUAGCUGCUCAAAAACUCCAACAGUGGAAUCUGAUGAUUAGCAGCCUUGCAUCGUUUUCUCACAAAGUGGAUCAACUGAGGAGUUAUUUUUGGGUAUGCACAUCCUUCCGUUACCUGAUGAUAUCAUUCUUUUGUUUUUUCCCAUGUGUAGUAAGAACACAGAAAUAUACACAUUUUUUGAAGGGUCCCAAAGAGGGAUAUGAUGAGAAGAGGGUGUAGAAAAAGGGCAUGGCCCGUAUGGGGUCACAGUUACAGGAUUUAGGAUGACCCCGUACGGGGUCAUAGUUAUCAGGGUUGUAAUCAUUUGUCAACUAUUCUAAUUUUAUAUCAUUCUUUAGAAUUUUAACUUCAGAUAUUUUAAA